GCGGCACGGAGUUCUUCAUCUCCAUCGAGGGAGGCCAUCGGGGCUUCGGCGGCGGAGCCACGCAGCGGGCCCUGGCGGGUGGCCAGAAGGCCACCAAAAAGGAGCGCAAGGAGAAGAAGUCUGCACUUCGUGACGCCAAUGCCCAGGCCGAGAUGAAGGAUGCCGACGAAGAGAACACCACACUCUACGGCCUCCUGCGUCUGCGCUUCAACGACGACCCACGAGCACCCAGUCCGGUCUUCCAGGAAUUAGGCGGCUGUGCCUUGAUCCGUGAGCUGCACGUCUACGGUACGCUCGUGGCAGCAGGGCGCGAAGAGUCCACGCGCAGCUUAAGCGAUGACCGGCCGCAGCACAUUGGAAUCGGCAGGACACUCAUGGGUACCGCCGAGCUCAUAGCUGCCGCUCAUGGCUACCAGAAGAUCUCGGUGAUUGCGGGAGUGGGCUCUCAGCUCAGACAAUUGCAGCAUGCAGCGAAUGUAGUGUAA